UCAACUUCCGAAAAAUAGAAAGAACACUUUGUUGGAGGAUGGGUCCUUCUUAAAUACUCAUUAACGACUAUUUGUUGAGCGUUUCACCACAGAGUCUUGCAUGAAUAAACUUGCUAUAAAAAGGAUUGAUUUGUUGAGCAUUGCUUUCAUUUGGUGACUGCAUCGGCUAUCGGCAACGAUAAGUGAGUGAUGGUGCCGAAUUUUCUCAAGAACUCUUAUCCUUUGAAUAAACAGUAUUUACUGAUACCCCGGUUCGCCCUACGCAUCCUCGGCUUUUACCCGGAGAGCGAAUGGAACGUUUGGCUGAAGUCAUGGGCUUUUUUCAACAUCUCCAUUCUCGCCUACGGCUGUUAUGCCGAGCUCUACUACGGCAUAUACUAUCUGCCCAUUGACAUUGUCAUGUCCUUGGAUGCUUUGUGCCCGGUCGCCUCGAGUAUCAUGUCGUUCAUUAAGAUUUUUUUCAUUUGGUGGUAUCGCGAACAGUACAAACAACUCAUCGAAGAAGUCAGGCGUUUGACGGAGGACCAAAACACGCUGCGGAAGGAGAAAAUGAAACGAUGGUACUUUACAAUUGCAACACGCCUCACUGCGUUGGUGUUAUUUUUUGGACUCUGCUGCAGCACAUCGUACAGCAUACGAGCGAUUCUAACAAACACACUAUUGUAUUUGAAUGGCAAAGAUAUUGUAUACGAAACACCGUUUAAGAUGAUGUUUCCUGAGCCACUACUCGCUAUGCCCAUUUAUCCGAUAACAUUUCUUUUGGUUCAUUGGCAUGGCUACAUAACUGUACUUUCAUUUGUCGCCGGAGAUGGUUUGUUUUUGGGAUUCUGUUUCUAUUUCUCAACUCUUCUAAAGGCCUUGCAACAGGAUUUAACGGAAGUGUUAGGGGUAAUCGAUGAAACCAAGAAGUACCGCAAGCUGACUGAAUCCGAGAAAGUUAUGUCGUUAUCAAAGAUAAUAAGACGUCACAAUGAAAUCGCCGAUUUAACAAUGAAGCUUUCAUCCAUUAUGGUUGAAAUAACUCUCUGCCACUUUAUUACAUCCAGUGUGAUUAUUGGCACCAGUGUCAUCGAUUUACUUUUGUUUGCAGGUGGCUAUGGUUCCAUAGUUUAUAUUGUCUACACGUGUGCUGUUUUAUCGGAAAUCUUCUUAUAUUGUCUCGGUGGUACAGCUGUCAUUGAAAGUAGUCAAGAAUUGGCUGUAAAAGCGUACACCAGCAAUUGGUACGGACAGAGUGUUAGAAUCCAGAAAAUGGUUCUGCUCAUAAUUGUUCGUUCUCAGAGACACUUUGUGGUAAAGGUGCCGUUUUUCACACCAUCUCUACCGGCAUUGACAGCUAUUCUAAGAUUCACAGGAUCAGUGAUAGCUUUGGUAAAAUCAAUGAUAUAAUCGGCAAAGUUUGUCUAAUAUAAUCACAUGGAUUUUUGGGGCAGCAGAAAAUAUAUUUAUACAACUUACAUAAAGUGCUUAAAUGAACAUAUUUAUUAGAA